AUGUUUCUAGACGUACAUGGAAUUAGUCGAUCGUCAGUCAGUCUCGUUAUGAAAGACAUAUCAACGAUCUUGGCAGAUUUUGUUUCACAAACAAUUAAAUUUCCAGGCACACAGUCACAAGAAUUGAUAGCAGGUGAUAUUGAAAUUGAUCCACCCAUGCAACCACAACCUUUAAAACAAACGUCAGCCUCUUCUUCGUCUACCACUUCUCGUCGUAUUCUCUCUGAUCUUCCUAUACAACAAACAACAACUGCUAUUCCUACUCGUCGAAAUAUUUCACGUGAUCAUAAUUAUGCAGAAAAUGAAAGCACUCCAUCUUUCAACCAAAAAAAAAGAAAAAUUGAAAAAGAAGAUAAUAUCAGUGCAAUUGUUGAAGUUGAAAAAAGAAAGUUACAUUUACAAGAAAUGUCGUUAACAUCGGACCAUAAUCGACCAGCAGCAUUAGAAUCAAUCGCCACCAGUCUUAACCAACUCAUUCCACUAGUUAAAUUAGGUGUUCAACUGCAAUCUGAAAAUUUAAAAAUUCGACGUUCACCAUAA